CGUUUGAAGCUCAAGCGGGCCACUCUGGGUAUCAUGUCGACUCUUGAUGACCUUCGUGGAGAACUUGCCGCAAUCUAUGCAGAUAGCAAGAUAGACACUUUGGGAAUCCACACCGUCACAUUCCAACCACUUCGAUCCCGCAUCAGCGAAGAUCGUUUGGUGACGGAAGAAUGGAACAUACUGGGACAGCAGUGGCUCUUUCUGGCAGUCCUAGAUGGUCACGGAGGAACUGCCGCAGUCCAGCAUGCAGCAAACAUAUUGCCAGCACGUAUCCGCACAGCGCUGCAUCUCCUCAUUCAGCACCAUUUACGAGGACGACUAGACCGCAAUAAUUCUGGGAAUGGUACACUUGUUUCUAUGAUGCUACGAGAAGAAAUAGAGAAAUUCGACAGAAGUAUAGGCGAAGCUGUGAAGAGCAUAUGUCCCAAGCCGUAUCGUCUUACGGAGGAUGCUGCUCGGGCAUUGAUCCAAGAACACAUGGAAGUCUUGCAACGUGCUCACAGUGGUACGACCCUUGCCGCUGUCCUGGUGAACGUCAGUGAACAGCUUAUGUGGGCUGUGGGUGUUGGCGACUCCACCGUUGCACUUAGUACACUAGGCACUAACGGAAAGCGCAGUUUUGAGCGACUGGUUGACCUGCAUUCUCCGAAGAAUCCUUUGGAGUACUUUCGGGUGGCCAUGGCACAUCCGGCGACUGAAAAAGAGGUAUUGAUCGAGGACCGGCUACUAGGUUCCCUUGCCAUGACAAGAGCCAUCGGGAAUUUCAAGCUCAAGUUCCAUCACACAUAUUUGAGCCACCUUCUCCGUUUUGUUCCCACUACUUCAAAGAAACCUCCCGAAAAAGUGAUCCCGCGGAUCAUAACACCGCCUUACCUGAUCGUGGAACCAUCAGUGCGCUUUAUUGACCUGCAGCUUUACAGGACAGCCGAGCCUAUCGUCAUGCUAUACUCUGACGGUGUCGACUGUCUCGUUGAUGGAUAUUCCAACUUCAGCCCAGAUAUGUGCAGAAAAUCAAAUCCUUGUCAGGUCGUUACCGCUCUUCUCCAAGACAGUGUCGAUCCAUUUGUCGAGGAGGCGCUUGAACACAAGGUGGAAUUGCGAUGGACUGGUCCAAAUGGAAAUAAGGCUGUUGAUGUUCUCGGCAACCUCGUGGGAGGUACGAAUGUGGAUAAAUUGAAGAUGGUAAUGGAUCAGGAGAUCUUGGCUGAUAGAACUGAACAGUCCGGUUUCUAUAUUGACGACGUUUCCAUCAUUAUUUUCGAAGUGUCCAAAACAUCCUGACGUAGCCGUUCCAAUUAGUACUGAUGUACUUACUACAGGUUUUUUUACAGUGUUCUCAACUCCCAAACUUGCUUCUAUCUAUUUUUUUUGUGCGGG